AGGAGAGAGGGAGAGAGAGUCUCAGAGGGUGGGGUUUUCUAUCACUGCAGCAUCAGCACAGCGGGCUCCAUCUGUUUAUUGGAGAGGAAGAAAAGAAAGAAAAUCAGACAAAAAAAGAAAACGGAUGAAACAGAGUGGGACAGGAUGAGAAGGAACUAAUCGUACUCAUCUUUUCACCUGGUCGGCCUCGUAUCUGCACGCACCCCCUUGCUCUGCUUCUCCCAUUAUUUCCUCUCUAUGUCCAUCCCUCCACUCCCUAUCCCUGUUGUUUUUCAUAGUGACAGAAGGCAGUGUGGCCCAGAGGAACAGAGCAAGAAAGAGGGAGCAAGACCUGCAAGUGUUGGCCAGCAGCUGGUCUUCCAGGAAUCAGCUGAGUCUUUCCAGAAGAAGAAGGUCAGGCAUCAUUCAGAGGAAGGAACUGCAGACACACUACCCACUCCUACGCAGCUCUGCUCCCAGCAGUAUUUGGUGUGUGAGUGUGACAGAGAGACAGAGGUUCAUGGGACUCUGAGCCAUGCACUCAGUGCAUUGUCGGCAGCUCCAAAGUAGGGGGCAGUGUGCCUCUCUACCCCUCAUCCUCCUGCUCCUGAUCGUCGUGGUUCCUGGACCAGCCCUGGCAGCCAUCCACAUCCCCAGCCUAUACCAAAUAAAUGACUUAAAAGGGCCACCUGUCAUCACCACCCAGCCACAGUCUGGCACUGCCUUCUCUGUCGAUGACAUCAUCCUCACCUGCGAGGCCUCUGGGAACCCCCCACCCACCUUUCGCUGGGUGAAGGACGGAAAGCAGUUCGACCCCACCAGCUAUCCCAGGGUUUCCACCUCCAAGAGUUCGGGAACAUUCUUUGUUGCCUCAAAUGGUCCCAUCAGCCAGUACCAGGGCAAAUACCGCUGCUAUGCCUCCAAUGAGCUUGGUACUGCUGUCUCCAGUGAGGUCCAAAUCAUCACAGAGAAUACCCCAACUCUACCAAAAGAGAAGAAGGUGAUGAAGAAGGUGGGGGAGGGGGAAAGUGUGGUCCUGGUCUGUGACCCUCCCUUCAGUACCAUCCCCCCUCAUAUUCACUGGAUGGAUAAGAAACUGCGGCACAUUGAUCAGAGUGAGCGGGUGACAACUGGCCUGGACGGAAGCCUCUACUUUGCCCACGUGAUCCCCAGCGACAGUCGAGAUGACUACACCUGCAAUGCUCAGUACAUUGCUGCCAGGACCAUCCUGCCCAAAGAGCCAAUCUCUCUCAGCAUUAUGCCCUCUAAUUCCGUGGUGCAACACAGGAAGCCCCAGCUAUUAAGGCCCAGUGGGACCCACAGCCACCAUUUGGCCCUCAUGGGCAAGGAACUGAUGCUGGAGUGCAUCCCUGAAGGACUACCCACUCCCAGGGUUCAGUGGCUUAGGAAAGAUCGAGCUCUGUCUGAAUCUGGCACAACCAAGAUGAACUUUGACAGAUGGCUGCUCUUCAACAACAUCUCCCAGGAUGAUGAUGGAGAAUACCAGUGCACAGCUACCAACAAAGGAGGCGAGGCCACUCACACCUACACUAUCACUGUGGAAGCUGCCCCAUACUGGACUAAACUGCCCAAGAGUCAACUGUACGCUCCAGGAGAGACCGUGCGGCUGGACUGUCAUGCAGAGGGCAUCCCCACCCCCAAUGUCACCUGGAGCAUCAAUGGCAAUCCCAUCUCAGGCAUUGACCCAGACCCCCGACUCAGAGUACAUGUUGGAACUCUGAUAUUGAAAGAUGUUAAAUCUAGUGACACUGCAGUAUAUCAGUGUGAAGCCUCCAACAAGCAUGGGAACAUCAUGAUCAAUACCUACAUCAAUGUCAUAGAGCUUCCCCCUCAGAUUUUGACGAAGGAUGGAGAGAAGUACAGAGUGACAGAGGAACAGACAGCUCUCCUCAAAUGCGACACCUUUGGCUCCCCCUUACCCAAAGUCACUUGGGAGGGCAGAAGCUCAGACCUGGUGCUGUCCAACCCCAGAGUGUCCCAGCUGACCAGCGGGGUCCUGCAAAUCACCAACUCCUCCCAAGAGGACAGCGGCCAGUACACCUGCUCCGUGCUUAACAGCAAUCUGUCAAUCAUGGCUCAGCUGGAGGUGUUGAACAGGACAGUCAUUGUUUUGCCACCUCAGCCACUGCGUGUUCGCCGUGGAGACUCUGCCAACCUGACCUGCCAUGCCCUGGUUGACCCCCGGAUGAACCAUGUUCAGAUGCAGUGGAGGAAGGGCAGACAUAAGCUCUUUCCAUCCUCAUAUGAUGACAAGUACACAUUUGAUGACAGCUCCCUCAAAAUUGUGGAUGUCCAGCCAGAGGAUGAAGCUGAGUACACCUGUGAAUUCAUUACUGAGCUGGACAUGGCCAUUGCCAGUGCCUCCAUCAUCGUAGUAGACCGACCAGACCCGCCGCUGCACCUGAAGCUGUCUGAUCUCCAGGAUCGCAGCAUCACCCUCAGCUGGACCCCGGGGGAUGAACACAACAGUCCUAUCCAAGAGUUUGUGGUGGAGUUUGAAGAGCUGAGUUUGGAAGAAGGUAGGUGGAGGGAGGAGAUGCGAGUUGAAGGGGACAUCAGACAAGUGGAAAUCCAACUGCAACCUUUCUGCACCUAUCGCUUCCGGGUCACAGCUGUGAACGAGCUGGGGAGCAGUGACUCCAGCACUCCCUCUGAGGCAUACAGCACCCCUCCUGCUGCUCCUGACAGCAAUCCUACACAUGUAAGGAGUGAAUCAAUAAACCCGGAUAGCCUGGUGAUCACAUGGAAGGAGAUGGACCAGCAGAGCUUUAAUGGACCUGGGUUCCAGUACAGAGUGUUGUGGAGACAAGCUGAGGGAAAGGGACCCAACUGGCAGAGCAAUUUCACUAGAGUGCCUCCUUUCAUUGUCCACAACACGGGUAUCUUCACACCCUUCGAGAUCAAAGUGCAGGCUGUCAAUCAAAAAGGGGAGGGACCACCCCCAAAUCCUGUGAUUGGUUACUCUGGAGAAGACCUUCCCCUGGCGGCUCCCACAGAUGUGAGAGUGGAGCAGGUCAACAGUUCCACUGUGCUGGUGAGGUGGGAGGCUGUGAAGAGGGAGACAGUGCGGGGCCACCUGCUCGGCUACAAGAUCCACCUGCGGCGCUUGGGCUCACUGGAUGGACGAGGCCACCUGAGGAAUAGAGGAAGGGAGAGGAGAGAGAGGGGACCCGAGGGGGAUUUGGACAGCCGGGUGGUGGAGGUUUUGGGGGCCAGCCGUGUGGAGCAGGAGGUUGGGGGCCUAAGGCUCUACUCUCACUAUACUCUGACGGUCUCUGUCUUCAACAGCAAGGGGGAGGGGCCACAUUCUCAGCCACAUGCCUUCCACACACCCGAGGGAGCACCAGGUCCCCCAGCCUCCCUGGAGUUUGAAAGCCCCUCUGAGACAGAACUGGUCCUACACUGGAAACCUCCAACACAGCUCAAUGGAGUUCUGAUUGGAUACGUGCUGCAGUACCAAGAGAUUGUGGACAGUAAUGACAGCCCACUGCGGGUGCAGAAGAUUGAUGACCCCAUGGUCUCUCACUUCAGACUGGGCUCCUUGGAUCCACAUAGCCGUUACCGCUUCUACCUGCUGGGGCGCACUGCUGCUGGGUUGGGGAAGGCUCUUGUCAAGGAAGCCACCACCCUGCUGGAUGGAGGUCCUCCUUCUAACAUCAGCCUGUCCCUGGGGGAGACAUUUGUCAACCUGAGCUGGGUUCCCAAAGAGAGAUACAGGAACAUUGCCUUUUACAUCUACUACCAGCGGAACAGUGCCGGGGCUCCAGUGGAGGUGUCAGAGGAGGUGAACUCGACCCAAUCCUUCUAUCAGCUCCAGGGUCUACAGCCAGGAACCCAUUAUCUACUAAACUUCAUCUUUAGCAACAACACCUUCUGGAAAACAGAUAUCCGCACUGAAGGGCCAGGGCUGUCAGAGGUGCAAGGGGGCUUUGCCACACAGGGCUGGUUCAUUGGCCUCAUCAGCGCCAUUGUGCUGCUGCUGCUGGUACUGCUCAUUCUCUGCUUCAUCAAGAGGAGCAAGGGGGGCAAGUAUUCAGUCAAGGAUAAGGAAGAAGGCCAGGUGGACUCUGAGGCCCGGCCAAUGAAGGAUGAAACAUUUGGGGAGUACAGAUCUCUUGAAAGUGAUAACGAGGAGAAGCGGUCAGCCAGCCAGCCAUCUCUGUGUGUGAAGAGCAAGCUUGGCAGUGAAGACAGCCUAGCGGAGUAUGGUGAUAGCGUGGACAUCCAGUUCAAUGAGGAUGGCUCCUUCAUCGGCCAGUACAGCGGCCACCGGGAUGGGCCAGGACCUGGAGGCCCUGACAGCUCAGGGGCCACCUCCCCUAUCAACCCCACCCUCAUGCCCCCUGCCAAUCUGGGCAUCCCCAAUUCUGUCACAGGUGUUCUAGAGAGGGGGCAUUAGACAGAGAGAUACACUGACUCACUUAUUGACCCAACCACAUGCUAACUGACCUAACUGCAUGCUUACUGACCCGACUGCAUGCUUACAGACCUGACCGCACACUGACCAGGCCUAACUGCAGGCUUACUGACUCGACCACACAUUAACACUAACCUGACCGGAUGCCAACAUUGAAGACUGCCACUGACCUCACUAAAAUACUCACACACUGAUAAACUGGUUUCACAGAAACUGACAAAGCUCACAGUGAUAGACUGCGGUUACAGUGAUUGAAUGACUCACAGAACUCUGGGACAGACUGUGACAUGACAUAGUAAGUAAUGGAUUGAACACACCUAUUGUGACUCUGACUGAAAAUAGUUCAACAUUCCCACUGGACUGACAGACACGCAAAAUACAUAUCUAAUCAACUGCCCUGCAAAUCAUUUUCAGAUUUCACCUGACAUUCUCAAGGUAUCUUAAAAGUGUACUUGAGUGACAUUUCAAACCCCCAAUGCCCCUGUACUCUCAAAACUUUCUGUGCUGCAUUUACACUGGUGUACACUGGUGUCUCAACUGUUUAAAGGAGGAGAGUUGGUGAACAGGCAGUAAGAUAAAGGCCUAAUUGGUCAGGGUUCAUGAGGGGAGAGAGAGAAUGGUGGGCAGCAAGCAGAACCCUUCUGCUACAGAGAGUGGUAGAGCAGUGGGAGUGAGAGAGAGAGAGAGGGAGAGAGAUGGGAAGGGAGGCAGUGGAGGGGAUGGACACUAAACAUGGUACAUUGUAUGAGUUUAACAUGGUAAAAUUUUACAAAACCCUGAGCACUCAAAGGCCUCUUAUAGGCACAUGGGCUAACAGUAAGAGUGAUUCUUAGUGUAUUGUGGUGCCAGGGCUGCACCCAAAUUUUCUUAUUUGAAUUGUUAUCUUUCAGGGGGGCAAGCACUGUAGUGCCAUAGACACCCUGUUGUUUCUGUUCAGAUUAUGAAAAAAUUUGGAUCAUUAUCAUAGUCAUUACUCUGCCUAAACGGUUCACCCAGAGCAGUCAGUAUAUCUUGUGUUGUUGCAGACAACAGAUCCUUCACAAAUCUUCUCACUAAUUCUUCUGCCAGUCAAUUAAUUUUAUACAUAUGUCCACACAAUCAAUGCAAAGUAAUAUUUCUUAGAUAAAAAAAAUCAAUAAAAAUUGGCAAUUCUGAACUGUUCAGAGACAGCUUUUGCAGAUUUAUAAAUUAUUGCAGUGUAGGGCACAACAUGUCCAGUAUAGAAUAUUUUAGCUACACAGUGGUGCACACCAACAUGUCAUUCCAUUUAUCAUCUGACUUUUAAUGACCUGUAAGGGAUCAGAGGGUGUGUUGCUUGCUGUCUCACUGCUGCACGCAGCUUUAAUAUUAUUAUUAUUAUUAUUAUUACAACAAUACUUGUAAUUUAAGUGUCUUGAAAAUUACAGUGCAGUGUCUUACUAGCAACUUCCUGUGUGAUCAUCAUUGUCAUCAGAUAUAACUGUAUAUUAUAUUAUUUUUCUAUUUUUUAUGUUUAUACAAAGGCAUUCAGUAUAUGUUUGCUGAUUACCAGAUUU